CUCCUGUAACAGAUUGAGAUUUUUGUUGUCUUUCGAGGAAUUGAGUCGAAAGUCAAGUUCGAAAGUCGUCAAUACCAACACCUACGCACGAGCCACAUAAUGACCUCAACCGUCACUUCCCCGCCAAACGGCGUCUUCGUACCCGUCCCAACCUUCUUCAAGCCCGCCGCCGACUCCAAGUUACUCCAAGCCGCUGUUGAUGUCCAGACACAGACUGAGCACAGCGUGUUCCUCGCCAAGAAUGGCGUUCGCGGUCUUGUCCUGCUCGGCUCCACUGGCGAAGCCAUUCACAUGAACCGUCAGGAGCGCAUCGACCUGAUCUCUGGUGUGCGCAAGGGACUGAACGAUGCCGGCUUCCCUGACUACCCAAUCAUGGCGGGCACCCUGAUUAACAGCGUAGACGAGACGCUAGAGCAGCUUGAAGACUAUAAGCAGGCGGGUGCACAAUGGGGGCUCGUCCUUGCACCAGGGUACUUUGGCGCUGCAGCGAGCCAGGAGGGUAUCAGGGAGUGGUAUACUGUUGUUGCCGACAAAUCGCCCCUGCCUAUCCUUAUCUACAACUACCCCGGCGUAACUAACGGCGUCAUGGUUACCCCCGAGACGUACCGCAUCCUCGCCCAGCACCCCAAUAUCGUCGGCUGUAAGAUGUCGCACGCUGUCGUGUCAUGGCACAACCAAGUCUCGCUCGAUCCUAAGAUCGACCACAACAAGUUUAAGGUGUACAGCGGACUGGGACAGCAGCUUGGUCCUAUUGUGUUCUUCGAUGCCGCAGGUGUCAUUGACGGUCUGGCGGCUAUCUACCCCAAGACUGUCUGCUCGCUGUUCAAGCUCGCUGAGACACGGCCAAUCAGCAAUGAGAACUUGGAGAAGAUCAAGAAGCUACAGUACACAGUCAGCACGACCGAGGAGUACAUCGGCAAGUACGGUAUCGUGGGCAUCAAGGAGGCAGUCAAGCGCGUAACUGGAUAUGGCACAUUGGAGGGUGGAAGGCUGCCGAUCAAGGGCAAGCUGCCGGAGGGUGAGUGGGAGAAGUGGAGCGAGACUUGGGAGAGGAUACAGAAGGCCGAGGACGCGUUGUCUGAGAAGGACUUUAAAUAAGCACGAAAGCCAUAGAAGAAGGUC